GCGGUGCCGCAGCGACGCGACGUUACAAGCUCGGCAGAGCUUGCAGCUGAUCCAGGUUCUCUCCUCUUGUCGGCGUCGCUCGUUUGCACCUUCCGUUUUCCGUCACUCGCACCUCCGUCGUCCGUUUCUGUCUUGCUUGAAGGGGGAUCGCGCUUCCGUUCGUGAAUUCCGCGGAAACACGAGCACGACACACGGAAGAGAAACGUGCGACGGCACCAGAUCUCCCGCGCGCACAAGGAACGCGCGCGGAAGGAACGAGAGGGAAGGAAGGGUGAGAGAAAGAAAGAGAGAGAGAGAGAAGCGUUCUGCUAUUUUCGAGACGCCGCGAGGUCUUGCCAAAACGUGCCCUCCUCGACCCGCGGACGGCGAGAAUCGCGGCCGGAAGGUCGCGGCGGUAGCCCGCAUUUCCGCUCGGAUCGGGUCCGAACCCGGGAUCGCCGAUCGAUCCGUCGAGUAGCGCGAUCGCGGUUAUCCGGAGCUCGUUGCCGACCGUAAACCCUUUCUGUUCGGUUUGAACAUUCCGCGAUGUCCCGACGAUCAACGAUAAGGAGAUCUGAAUAUUGUGAUAAUCUGGAGUUAUUCUCUUAGGUUUGCCUCGAUAGUAGUUCUGGUUUAAUCCGAUCGACGAUAGUUUCUGGUUAAUUAAUCUCACGCCCGGAGUAAAGCCGUUGUUUAAUAUCGUUGGAGACAACCAGAUCGCCACGGACUGGAACGGGAAAUUGGAUGGUCGGCCGUGAUCCCGAGACGACCGACGCGUUUCUUGCCAUAACGGAGCCAUCAUCGACGUACCACGUCUCUGGUGGGCCUUUUCCAGUGAUCAUCAUACUUCCCGCUCGCGGCGGAGGUCGUUCCGACGACGAUAUCUCGCGGUCGCUUUUACGAGCGAGACUCGGGGGUAUUUCAGGCGAUAACAGCCGGACAACCGAUGAAAAGAGACUGAGAAAGGAAAAAUCUAUCAUCCGUGGAUCUUCGCGCUCUACAGAUCGACGAACAACUUUCGGAUCGCUAAAACGCACGCGGACGGUCGAUCGUACCCCGCGAAAUCACUUCAGGCACUCGAGAUAACAUUGGUAUCGGAGAAGAAGAAGAGAAUUACGAGGAAUACGCGAGCCAGUCGCGCUGGUAAACACUAAGAAUCGAGUCGAUCGAUGUGAUGCGACCAGGGGGGAACAAGUAAAAGUUGAGCUGAAUGAAAACGACCGAUGGGAGGAAGCGGGAACGGAUGAGCGAUGUGCAUGGCGAUCAAUAGUCAUUGAGUACGAACGGGACGUUGUUUCGUCGAUUAAAAAGACAUAGAGAAAAAGUAAAACUAGAGGAAGAGAGAGAGAGAGUGAGAGAGAAAGAAAGAGAGCACUGAGGAAAGAUGCGAGCCGCGGCUGAUCGAUGGCGAUCGAAAGCGGCUCGUGAUCGGCGCGUCGUCGCCGAGAAUGGAGGAUAAAUUUAUCCGCGUCGCGAGGAGGAAUGCGGCAGAAGCGUGGAGGAAGAGUGGCACGAGCACCGCGGAACGCCGCAGUCGCAUUUCCGGUUUAAAUUUAACGCGAUGAUACGUGCGCUUUCGCAAUUAGCCGCUAUGGAGACUGCCGAAUUUAACUGGAGAAUAUACGAUGUCGGAAGGUGGACGUGCAGUGAUCUGGCACCUAGUAUCAGCCCCUCGUGCUGCACGCCACCCGAAAGAUUCACAUACUAACUGCUAGUCGCACCCGCGCGUGUGUAUGUUGAAACCCCCACCAGUUGCAGGGUGUACUGCACUGUAACCCCAUGACUACAUUUAACACAUGGCUCGCCUGGAGAUACCGAGCAUAGUGGUGUAUAAAGGAAGCAGGUCGCAGGACCGACCUGAGAGUCCCACGGUGGUGGUGCGAGGAGGAAUGCCCUCACUGCCGUCCUCCAGGCAAGGCCUCGCCGUAAGUGGCUCCGGUGGUGGUGCACCUCACCAGGACGCCUCGGAGUCGGAUAUGAUAGACGGGAAUGCCAACCCCAACGUCGGCAGCACCCCCGCACCGAACUCGCUCCACCGUCCGGCGUCACUCUGCCCGCCGCCCGACAAAUCGGACACUGAAAGCAAGAACUUUCGCAAUCGGACGAACACGAAACUGAAGCUGUUAGUCAGAAGCCAUGCCAUGAGAGAAUCGACGUCCCCACCGCGGGAACCGCACGGCAACGGUCCACCGUCGCCGCACAGUCCGCAAUCGGCGGAUGGCGAGAAGAAGAUCGUUUGUAGCCUCUCGCCCAACUCCACCGGUGCCAAGCUCAACAAUAACGAGUCCAUGUACAACAGCAAUCUUUGUUCCGCUCAACCUCCCAAGCAAAUGCGCAACACAGCGACCUCGCCGACCUGUCGGACACCGUCGCGAAAUGGUCAAUCUAGUCCCUCUCAGGUACACUCACCAAAGAGCAUCACUUCUCCGACCAAUAGCAAUAAAUUGGAGAACCAUCGCUCCAAAUUCGCUAGCGCGAAUAUCAUUGAGAAAUGCAAUAACUGUGUGAAGAACAAUCAGAAUGAACGGCCAGGUCUACUACAGACUCCGAUAUCACCCACCAGAUCCGGCCAAGCGUUGCAACAUUCGCCAAAGAGCACCAAUCUUGCUCCGUGCGGUCAGAAUAAUCAGCAUAGAUCCGAGCAACGAAGGCCGAACACGUUGAACAUCUGUAACAAUCAGUGUUCGGCACAAUGCGGCAACACGCUGUCAGUUAGCAGGCCCGGAUCUAGGCACAAGCUGAGACAUCAGAAUUCGUCUCAGGGCAGUUACGACAGCGCGUCACCAUGUCUCUCGCGCGAUAGUAGCACGGAGCUGUACACGGACAGCACCGGGAUAGAUCUCGAGCAGUUUAUUGCGGAGACUAUAAAUCGCAAUCAGAAAGAUCGCACAGUGUUGCUGAAGAUUGAGAAGGAUUUAAUCGAGUUCGCGAAGGAUCGACAGAAGGUCUCUCACAAGUUCCCGAACAUGUCGUCGUACAACAGGAUGCUAGUGCAUCGAGUGGCAGCUUACUUCGGGAUGGAGCACAACGUGGAUCAGUCGGGUCUGAGCGUCAUUGUCACGCGGACGAAGAACAUGCGAAUACCGGACACUCGCUUCAAGGAGCACAUCAGGGACGAUCUGAUUCUAUCGGAGGAGCCGCGAAGAAGCAUCCUGAAACGGGAUUCGAGCUCGUUCGAGGAUAGCUUCAAUUUCAAAUCGCCUGACAGACUGUCGGGCGAUUGCUGCCGGCGCAGCAAGAGCUUCGAAGAGCGGGAGGAGGAAUACGAGCGCGCAAGACGGAGGAUAUUCAAGGACAGCAGCGGCGAGAGCAGCGAAGUCACAUCUUGGCCGUGGUCCUCGACGGAAAGCUCGGAUGCCUCGGCAAGAUUUCGCUUGCUACACCCGGAUCACCUAGUCAGGCCAAAUCGAUUACUGAAGGGCGAAUCUUUUGACGGAAGGGAUUCGUUCCGCGGCGCGGUGUUGCGCCCGUCCGUUUCUAAGUCAUUCAGUUUCGGUGGAUACACCAAAAGCAUGCUGUCGAGGGGGGACAGUGUCACGUCCACACAUAGCGCGGGAGCUCGCCUCAUGAAGCAAGAUUCGGGGGCGAGUAUGUGUUCACGCUUGAGCCCGAGCCGCUCGAGCAGUGGCUACAAAUCGCAGAGUCAGCGCAGCGAUGCAACGAUAUCACCAUCUCUGUCACCCUCCCCCGUGCCGGCCCCCAUGACGUGCAGCCAUACUCAAGUAUCUAGUCAGGAUUUAAUCUCGCCGGAGUCGGGCGGCGGCCAAACGGUCAUGUGGGCAGUCACCAGUUUGUCCAGCGUCCCACCUGGUAGCAUAAUAAUAAACCCGCAGACCAAUCAGCCAUAUACGAAUCCGGAUGGCACGAUUUACCGCUACGACCCGGACAAUCCGCCAAAAUUCUUCACUAUGGAGAACGAGAAUAGCAGCGCGACGCUAUCCGCAGCUAACAAGCAGCAUCAUCAUCAUCAUCAUCAUCAGCAUCAGCACCAACACACGGAAUUGCCUUCCGAGCCGUCCAGAACGACGAAUGGCAACUACAAAAACGACGGCAGAAAACAGAGAUCGCCACAAUCGAGGAUCAACGUCACGGGGGCGACUUCCGGGGCCCAAGUAACGAACACAGCGACAUCGCCGAGCCUGCCAUUCACUCCGCCGCCACCGCCACCACCUCCACCUCCUACUUCUGCCCCGCAAAAUCUACCCAUUCCGCAACAGCAGCAAGCGCAUCAACAGCAAGCGCAUCAACAGCAAGCGCAGCAACAGCAACAACAGCAAGCGCAGCAACAGCAAGUGCAGCAACAGCAAUCGCAGCCGCAGCAACAGCAGCAGACGCAGCCGCAGCAGCAAAGUCUAGUCAAAUCGUCACCGACACUACCGAUGUUUAGUCAUACUAACCAAACAGCUCAACAACCGUACGCGACCUACGUACCUACCUCAGAACCGUAUAAUCAGGGUGUCUAUCCGCCCCCCAUGGGGCAACCGACUGUGAUGAUGGCGCCUCAUCCGACUCAGGGUCAAGCGAGCAUGCAAAACGGUGGUCAGGGGGACGUUGUCUUCAACCAGAAUCAGGUCUACACUAAUUACGCGGUACCUAUGCACCAAGGACCAAUACCACAGUCAGGGGAUAUGGCCGAGUUGUCCGGAUAUUUCUUGGGGAUGAACAUUUACGAUCAGCGUGGUAGUGGGGACAGCCACCCCACGCCUCCGCAUUCCACGUAUCCGCCACCGCCGCCCUCCGCGAAUCAGACUGUGCAGAACGUGCAGUCGAUACAGCCGAAUUAUUGGCAGCCGCCGCCGAAUCAAAUACCGCCCCAACAGACCAUGUACUUCGUGCCUCCUCCUGGAACGGCACUCUCCGUCGGUCAGAAUCCGGGGGACAGGCAGCAGCUACAUCAGCAGCAAAGGUUUCCAACGAAUUACUCGUUCAACGCGCAAACGAUGACUCCUCCGAGCCAAGCAAGUUCUAAUUACGUCGGCAGUUACCCGGUACCUUUCAAUUCGGUGCCGGCAGUGACUCCGACGCCUGGCGACUAUACGUAUCAACCUCCGGUCCAAAUGGUUCCUACGUACUAUCCGCCGGGGCAGCCAGCGAUGCAACCGCCGCCUGUGAUGUACAGAGUACCCACGCCACCGAACACGCCGACGUCUAGUCAGAUACCUGGUAUGCCGUUGAUGUACGUCAACUCGAACAGCUACGCAGCUCCAACAAUGGUGACUGGUGGAGCGUUCGGACACCAGGUCACCCACAACGGCACGUCUCCGGCGCCGCCUAGCGCAUACAUGACGCCCACGCUGGUUUCCAAUCUCGUCUUCAGACAAAACGUUCCUGUCGUUCCCAGCGUGCGGGCGACAACGCCAGGUAACUCCCAAAGAGCUAGUCGGUCUCCAACUCCAGCGCACGAGUUCUUUGGAGGUGGGAGCGGGGAUCGAAGCGCACAAUCUCAACCACGUUACCCACUGCCAAUGUAUCAGGGUGUCCAUAUCGUGCAAGGGGACAUGAGAUUGAUGCAUCCAGGCGUACCACCCAACCCCCGGUUGCAGUAUGCACCAAUAUCAUCACCGCCUGUUGUUCAAGGUUGCCCGCGGCCGUACAGGCCGCCUUCGUCUAACACCUCGGGGGCCGGUACGCCGACUUCCUUCGAUGGUAGAAAUCAGAAAAUUCGCAAACAGAGGUCCAAAGUAACAUCUUUGCCACCGAGCGGCGCACGACCCAAUUUCUAUCAGGCACCUUCCAUGUCAUCGCUCUCAUCAAACGUACCCAAAGACAUCAGAGAAGGAACGGUGAAGGUGACCAUCACCCGUCGGAAUCAGGUAUUUUGAGCAAACGGAUCGGCAGGAUAACUGGAUAACAUCGCUAAUAAUGCGAGUCACAGUUUCGAUUAUGAACAGCAAUCGAGAUUGGCAGCUUACUUUACUGUUCAGAGAGACACGUAUUCCUAACAUGCCAUAUUAAUUAUUACCCUGAAUAUCUAUUUAAAGAGAAGCAAGAGAGACGUUAUUAGAAGAAUACACGCGUGCACGUACAUUUUCUCAAAGUGAGAAAAAGACUAGCAUACUGUUAUGCGAAUUGGUUGUUUUUUUCGGAGGAAAGCAGGGGAUAACGCAAAAGAUGAAAUUUAACCUUUACUCGAGAGACUUUCAAUCGCACUGAAUUCACAGUACAACUGAAUCACCAUGACAAUGCAAGAGCGCGAGACGAGGAGAAGAAAGACAAACCGUGGUCACGAGUAUGUGCCCAGACGUAAGAAACGAGCGGAUCAGUGGUGCACCGAAUAGAGAGAGUUACUGGACAAAAUUUUAAUUACUAUUACAAUAUUAUUGUAGUGUGUGUGUAUAUAUAUGCAUAUGUGUGUAUGUGUGUGUAUAUACAUACAUAUACAUAUGUAAUACUUGAAGAUAUUUUAACUGCGGUUUUACAGAUACUAUAUGAAUGUGAGAUUUACUUUUAAGGAGUAUUAUUGUUAAGGUCAAAUAAACACACGAAUUUCUCGAGGUGGUCGCCGCGGUGAUUUCCGACCGCCGGGAGAACAUGUAUGACGAUUAAACUAAUGUGCGGGGAAAAACGAAAAAAAAAAAAAGAAAGAGUAAACUUUUACUGAGUACGUUUACAAGGCGCGCGAGUCUUUCGGCAUAGCGUUAGUGGCGAUCCAAAAAGGACGUUCCAUUGUCUAUCUUAUCCGCUAAUUUUGAUACACUCGCUGCCAUCGCAUCGGUCAACGAAUGUUGCGUUAACGUCGCUGCCCAUUCCGAGUCCAUUUUUUGAACGAGUUGUCUGCUACCUCAGCGUAAUAUCUAUGAAAAUUCUAAAAGUUGGCCGCGCGUUGACGAUGCCAGCCCUUACGCUUUCCUCUAACACGUAUUUAUUGUACGUGAAUAACGAGAACUUCUUACACUCUUCGCAAAAACGUUUACAUAUAAUUUCUACAAGCGUAUACUCUCUCUUUCUCUCUCUCUCUCUCUCUCUCUCUCUCUCUCUUUCUCACUCUCACUCUCACUCAUUUUCUUGUAUCUUGAAAAUUUUUAUUGUGUUUUACAAAACGCUAUACAUGUAUCGACUUUGCAAGGGAAAACAAAAUGAUAAUCACCCCGAAAAGAUACGAAAUCUAACAUUUUACACUUUCGCGACAUUCUACGAUGUUCAACUAGUUAUGUCUCUAAUCAGUCACAAUUCACGGUUAAGUGUGGUGUCAUUGACUAUAAAUAUGUAAACGUAUUCAGUACAUAAUCUUUAUGUCUAGUUUGAAGCAGUAGUUAAGUAGCGUGAAGCCAUCACAGCCUCUGAAUUCACCAUCCGCGCUUUGUACUUGCAGAGAAAGAAGGUCCGAAACUACCGUACUCUUACUUUUGCGAUAACAGAUAAUUUCUCUUGCGUUUGACACCGAUCACGGAUCACUGUCGGCGAUUUCGUCUGUUUUGUAAUCAUUCUUCAGUCUCGAAAGUUCGGAAUAAGUUAAGUUGUUCUUUUGUAUCACUAUGAUUUGUCUUCCAGUAUGCGAGCACGCUUCAUGAAUUUCGCGGAAAAAUCUCUUUAUUAUUUUCGCGCGCGCACGUGUGCAUGUGUGUGAAUGUGUGUAUGAGUGUAUGCGUGUGUGUCAUAUGUGUGCUUAUAUGUACGUAUGUUGUACAUAGAGUACCUACAUCUGUUGCAUAUGUGAUAUUUUAUAUAUAAAUAUAUAUAUAUAUACAUAAAUUGUAUAAAUUUAUGUCAUUAACAUUUAAUAAUAUAUAUAUAAAAUCACAAGCUCCAGAUGUAUUUACGUACAUAUAUACAUACAUAUAUAUAGAUAUAUAUCACACGACAGAUGUUAUUUUUCUCGCACACUCGUUCCAACGAAAUAGAGACAUACGCGAUAUAUAUGUAUAUGUACUAUACCGGUAGGAGGUGAUGGUGACACGCGGUCGCGGUAAUUAAUAACGUCUCCGUCUGUGAAAAACUAGGCGGAGCGGCGCGGGCUGGUCUCGCGCGACUAGACUAUUACGCACUCUCGCAAAAACAAGUAGAGUAGUCGCCAAAAGAAAAAGUAGCAAUCGAUCGUUAAUCGUUACCUCGUAGUGUAGAUCGCGAUCGCGAGGGAUGCCCGCGUUGCUCCGCGACACACAAAGAAAACCAAGUGGAAUCCAUCCAGAAGCUUCGCUUACGGUGAUUGUACUUCAGAAACGUAGGUGAAGGUGUGCCUAUCUCUUUAUGACGUUUCAAAUAAUGCGAGAAAGAGCAUGCGAUAUAAAUGUUAUUUAGCCGUUAAACGCGAAACGUGUGACCGCUACUUUUUCUUCGUGAGAAAAUGUGACAAAAGUUUUAAUCUUGUUAUAGGCUGAAAAGAGAAAAAAAAGACGAGAGACUCGAGCGGAUGUAAAAAGAUGUAGGCACCAAGACGCACUUCGAUUCGUAAAGAGAUGGGCGCACAACCAUAGUAUUAAACUGUACCUAAUGUCGUCGUAGUGAGUUAAAGAAAAAAAAA